AUGGCCUCAAGAAUGGAGGCGGCUCGAUUAGGCGACAAUAGGAAACUAUUCUACCUUCUUCAUAAAGCAACUAUGACUCGGAUCAGUCAACGAUCAAUGGUAAGGGACAGCAAUUGCGUACUAAUCAAAAGUAUUAAGGAUUGCCUCAUAAGAUGGAAAGAAUUCUUUGAGGCCAAACUUAACCAUGAAGCGCCAUCUAUUGCCCCUGAUAUAGCUGAUACGUUUGCCGAAGCAUACGCUUGUAAUUGCGAGCCUCCAACAGAAGAAGAAAUAAUUUCAGUUAUCCAUAAGUUUAAGGCUAACAAAACUCCAGGAGAAGAUGGUUCUUCGGGCUGA